UUGAUAACAUUGGCAAUUGACAGUAGUAAGAAAGAACAAAAUUAUAUUGCAUUCGAGUCGAUAACUGUGUUACAAAAUGGCACUUUAUUUGCAAAGGGCUGUAAAUGCCUAUGUUAGGAAUAAUGCCCGUCUAGCUUCCCAUGCUGCAACUGCUGGGGGACAUGGAGGUGGCUGGAAGCUUUGGAAGAAUCUGUCCUUCUUCGUGGCAGUACCUGCUAUUGGCUUGGGUAUGGUGAACGCUUACUUGGCCCACCAAGAACCUCACGAACGCCCAGAGUUUGUUGCCUACGACUACUUGCGUAUCCGCACAAAGCGUUUUCCAUGGGGUGAUGGCCAGAAGUCUCUCUUCCACAACCCUCAUCUGAAUGCUCUGCCCAGUGGCUACGAAGAUCAUUAGUUCUUAAUCAGCCAGCCUGGUUAAUUUCUGUAUUUAGAAAAUCUGUGUUAUGUACCUAAUUUAAUAAACUUAAAACACUAAAA